ACCCCUUCACAGCAAUCAAACGGUCAAACCAUGUGUCAUCGUACACCUGGGAACCACCAUAGCUCUGACUCCCUCUCUGUUUCUUGCCGUCUCCGUCCGCGAACUCAGUAACCCCACAAAAACUCAAAGACACAGACACAGAAACUGUCACACAGAGAGACAGACAGAGAGAGGGUAUGGGUGUGAUCGAUUUAAUUACGCGGGUCGACGCGAUUUGCAAGAAGUACGAAAAGUACGAUGUUGAUAAGCGCAGGGACUCCAGUGUUCCUGGGGACGAUACUUUUGCUCGUUUAUACGGCGUCGUUGAAGCCGACGCCGAUGGAGCCCUCCAGAAAUCAGAGGCGGCUGCCACCGAGAGGAACAGGGCUACGGCGGUUGCUAUGAAUGCGGAGAUUCGACGAACCAAAGCUCGUUUGCUUGAGGAGCUCCCUAAAUUGCAGAGACUUGCUUUUAAAAAGGUCAAAGGACUUUCAAAAGAAGAGCUCGAGGCUCGAAAUGAUUUAGUUCUUUCACUUAAAGAGAGGAUUGAAGCUAUACCUGAUGGAUCUGAUACGAGUAGAGCUAAACAAACUGGUGGUUGGACAGCUUCUGCCUCAUAUACUGGGAUCAAAAUUGACUCAACUUCAGAUGGAAGAUUUGAUUCGGAGUACUAUCAACAAACUGAAGAAUCGGAUCGGUUUAGGCAAGAGUAUGAAAUGCGGAGACUGAAACAGGAUGAAGGUUUGGAUGUUAUAGCUGAAGGAUUGGAUACAUUGAAAGACAUGGCACAUGACAUGAAUGAGGAAAUGGACAGACAAGAUCCAUUGAUGGAUGAAAUCGACGAUAAGGUUGAUAGAGCAAACACUGACCUGAGAGGUACAAAUGUGAGGCUCAAGGAAACCGUAACGCGGCUGAGGUCCAGCCGCAACUUUUGCAUUGAUAUCAUCCUCUUGUGUAUAAUUUUGGGAAUUGCUGCCUAUUUAUACAAUGUGUUAAAGUGAUAUUGGUGCUCCGCCUACAUAUGGAUGAUACCUAUGACUCGGAAGAUUUCGUGUGUACACGCUUCUUUCUUGAUGUAUAAUGUUAGUGUAAACAUGAUAUUAUCUGUCUUUUUUCUUCCGUUAACGAUGAUUCUCUCUAUCAUUAAAAAGUUUUUCAAGAUUGCUUCGACC